GGAAAGGGGGAAUUUGUUGCCCCCCGGCUGGGGUAGAACUGCAAAGGGGGGUUGUCCUUCCCCCACCCACCCCAUCCAUCUGGGGUAGGUCUUGUAAGGGGGGUCUGUGGGGUUUGUUGCCCCCUCGGUGUGAGGUAAUUUUAUAAGAGGGGAGGGGGUUUCUCACUCCCUCACUGGGGCUGCUCUUCAGUCGGGGACUUUGGGGGGUUGUGCCCUUCCCCCGGUUCGGCUAGAUCUGUAACGUGAGGGGGGGGGUCUGUGAGAGUUUGCCCCCCCUGCCCCCCUCUCCCCCAACUUGGGGUCGCUCUGUAAGGUGGGGGUCUGGAGGGUUUUACCCCCUCUCCCGCUUGGGGUAGCUCUGGGGCUCUGUGAGGUUUGCCCCAGGUAGGGCACCUCUUCGAGGGGGUGCUCAGGGUUUGCUGACCUCGUGGCUGGGGUGGCUCUACAGGGGGGUCUGUGGGCUUUUCUCUCUCUGACUUGGGGAAGUCCUGCCCCUUCUAAGGUGGCCCUGCAAGGGAGAAAGCGGCUGGGGGCUUGCAUCUAGCCUGAGGGGAGGUGCAUGGGGCUUUGCAGCACCAGAGGGCGGGUGCUGGUGGGGGUUUCAGCCCCCACGAAGGGCAGGGCUGGGCUCUGAACCCCUGGGGGCUAGUACAGCCUGGGGCCAGGCCAGGAGGACAAGGAGCCCAAGGAGGGGACACUGAGCCCCAAAAGCCACUACGUGGGAGCCCCUAGUUGUGGGCCCACCCCCUUCAACCUGUGGAUGCUGCACCCCUGGAGAUGAUGCCCCCUGAGGAGGAGAGCCUGGCUGGCAGCAGGGAGGGGGACAGUGGCUUUGUCUUCCUGCAAGCCCUGAAGAGCAGCAGCACCCGAAAGCAGGGCUGUGACCCCUUUGCCCAGACCCAGCGCAGCAAACUGCAGCAUCGCCGGGCACGGAUUAACCAGCAGAUCAACAAGGAGAUGAGGAUGAGAGCAGGGGCAGAAAACCUCUUCAGGGCCACCAGUAACCACAAGGUCAAAGAGACAGUAGCCCUGGAGCUGAGCUAUGUGAACUCCAACCUGCAGCUGCUGAAGGAAGAGCUGGAGGAGCUGAACAGCAGUGUGGAUGUCUACCAGAAUGACAGAUGGUUGUCUUCUUCUAGUGAGUCCAUCAGUGUCCCCAUGAUCCCUUUGGGCCUGAAGGAGACGAAGGAGCUGGAUUUGCUGGUACCACUAAAGGAUUUCAUCAGUGACCACUACAGAGAAGAGGGCAUCUUGUUUGAAAAAGAAAUCAAAGAGUUCAUGGAGUUACGGCAGGCAAUGCGCACCCCUAGCCGGAACGAAGCCGGGAUUGAGCUCUUGAUGGAAUAUUACAACCAGCUCUACUUCUUUGACAGCCGUUUCUUCCCUCCAACCAAAAGCCUGGGUGUCUUCUUCCACUGGUACGACUCCCUGACAGGGGUCCCAUCCCACCAGAGAGCUCUGGCCUUCGAGAAGGGCAGUGUGCUCUUCAACAUCGGAGCCCUGCACACCCAGAUCGGAGCGCGGCAGGACCGCGCGGCCCUGCCGGGGCUCAACCAGGCCAUCGAUGCCUUUCAGAAGGCAGCUGGUGCCUUUAACUACUUGAAGGAAAACUUUUCCAAUGCUCCCAGCCUGGAUAUGAGCACUGCCUCCUUGAACAUGCUGGUGCGGCUGAUGGUUGCCCAGGUCCAGGAGUGUGUCUUUGAGAAGAUGUCCUUCCUACGUGCCCAGCAUGACUUCCUCACCCGGCUGCAGCUUGCCCAGGAGGCAGCAAGGGUGGAAGACGUCUACUCGCUGGUGCACCAGACAAUGACCCAGGCCCACGUGAAGGAUUAUGUUCCCUUCUCUUGGACCACCAUGGUCCAUGUCAAGUCGGAGCAUUUCAAAGCCCUCUCCCACUACUUCGCUGCCAUUGCUCUCUGUGACUGCCCUGCGGCAUCUGAUGCGGAACUGCCGGAGCAUGAGAAGGCUUUUAUCCAGUUCCAUGUCACCAUGCCAGAGGGACCAUCACUCCGUGUCCUGCUGCAGGAUCCUGAGGAGAGGAGAAAGCUGGGAAAAGCUCAUCUGAAGAAAGCCAUCAUGAAGCAUGAGGAAGCCAUGAGGAUCCACGGUUUGUGCAAGAUCCUACGGAAGAUGGAUAUCCUCCAGGAGGUCCUCUCCUUUGCCCACAAACGCUCGCUGAGCAAAUACUCGGAAAUCGACCACGAGGAGGACUUCUUUGAAACGGGUGAUGCCCCCGACAUUCACCCCAAAACACACCAGAAACCAGAGAUAAAAUCCCCCAACUUCUCUCAGGUGAAGGUGACCGACCUCUUCCACAGGCUGGGGCCCCUCUCAGUUUUCUCAGCCAAAAACAAGUGGUACCCAGCACGGAGAGUCCACCUGAUGAGAGGAGAGAAUGGCUUUGGGUUCACACUGCGAGGAGACUCCCCUGUCCUCAUUGCCGGCGUCAUCCCGGGGGGCUGUGCUGCUGAAGCUGGGCUGAAGGAGGGAGACUACAUCAUCUCGGUGAACGGCAAGGACUGCAAGUGGUCCAAGCACGCGGAGGUGGUGCAGCUGCUGAAGAGCACUGGGGAGGAGGGAGUGGAAAUCACUGUGAUAACCCUGCAGGCCUUGGAGGGACAGAAAACUGUGGACAAGAAGGCAGCAGUGAUGUCUGCAGGCAGUGGGCUGCUGAAGAGCAACAAGGAGAACAGCAGGAAGAGCCUGAUGAACAGCAAGAGUGCCAGCACACUGCUGGUCUGGAGCAAGAAGAGCAAGAGGAGCAAGAAGAGCACCUACGGCUUCCCCUUCACUGCAGUGGGAGACAACGAGGCCAUGUACUGAAGUGGUCACCAGGCUAGGUUGUGUCCCACGAGCUCUGGGGCUGGCUGCCCGUGGAGCCUUGCAAGCAGCAGUGGCCUCUCCAGGUUGUGCUGAUGUUGGUGCUGCAAGGACCCCCCUGCCCCAGGGAUGUGCUGCUGGUUGGAUCCUCUCUGAAGAGGCAAACGAUGCACAGUGCUGAGCUCCUCCACCUCCCAGCUUCUGGGUGAAAUGAUCCUCAGCUAAACCAUGUGGGGAAACACUGAUUUAUUCUGGAUUUUUAAUUUUUUUUUUUUUUUUUUUGCUCUUAAGGGGGUGGGGGGAGCUGUGCUUUGGUAUAAAGUAGGGACUGGUUUGUGUCUUCUGCUCAGUGUGAGGAGCAGCCAAGCAAGCCCCAGCCAUUAAAGCAAAAGCUGUAACCUUCUCUAGUGUCUCCUAGGCUUUCUCUGUAAGGCAGAAGAUGGCACUGCCACUCUCCAAGAGCUGCUGGCAGAUCCAAAUCAUUCAGCAGCUCCAGCUGGAUGUUGCCUUCAUCUCCCCUUUGUUGGGAGAGGGGAUGGCAUGGGCAUUGAUGACUCAUGGUGACCCCAUCAUGAGGUCUAGCACAGGCAGCACUGGGCACCACAUCUCUGCCGUGGUAUCAGUGAGGGAUGUCCAAGUGAAAUGGCUUGAAGUUAGGAUGGGUUUGACUAUUUUUUUAGUGCUUUUUGGUUUUUUUUGUUUUGUUUUUUUUUUUAAAUAGACACCCAGCAAAUACAGCCCAGCUGCACAACCUGCUUCUUGGGAAGAAAAGGGAAAGACUUAACAUGCAUUUGUUGUCUUGCUUUUUUAAUCAGUAAAGGUGGAUUGCCCUAAAUAUGUGAGUAGAUUAAUAGCUAAGAGCCUUGGGUUGUUUUUUUUCUUGGUAUGAGAUUAAAAUUCCAGGAAGAUAGCUCCUCCAGAUUAUUAAACUAUUAAAUUUGUGCUGGUAUUGGAUCUUGCACACGUUGCUAAUACCCUAACACUGUGCUGUCAGCAUUCAUACCAGAACUGGGCUGAUGGAUACAUACAUCUUGGUAAUUGUACUGGAAAUGCUGGGAGACUCCGAAUGAGCGCUUAGAUAUAUUGGCAAAAUUUUCUCAAUCCCAUUUCUGCCUCGUGCAUUAUUUUUCUGAAGGCUAAAGAGCUGUCUGGUCUUCAGUGCUUGGAUGAUCUUGGUAGGUAUAAAAUACCCUUCAGAGAUGCAAUUGUAUUUUUGUACUUUUGAAGUUGUGACGAAUUUGUAGCUGUAGUUUGAGGAAGUGAACGUGCUCUGGCAGCGGGAUGUCGGCACGAGAGCAUCCCCUCUGGGUUCUACCAUGACUUCUUCUUGGUGGCUCCAUGCCCAAAUGCCAAGUUUUCAGCCUCUUUUUUAAUUCUUUUUUUAUUUAAGGAGAACUAAAGGAAGGCUUUUAACUCUGUCUUAUUGACCAAGAGGCCUCUCUGUAGACCGAGACAUCAUCAGACCGGAUUACAAAUCCGGCUGCCACCACAGGACCAUCUGGUGCAGAUUUUCUAGGUAAUCUCGCCACCUGCUUGGCACAGGAGUGGUGAGGGUGGGGGUAGGUUCACAGAAAACACCAUCUUCUUGUUAAAACAUCCCAGCAACAUCUUUCCCCGAUCUUAAAUGUGUUGCUGACAUGGAUGUCCCUGAGCUGGAGCAGUAUCCUUUUAGAAGAAGCGUGCACAAGUGGAGACCCUGCUCGUCGCGUUGCCACCAGCAUCACCCGACCCCUCUGCUGGCCUUGGCAGAGAGGUUUUGUUUUGUGUGAGUUGGAGAAUUUCCCUAACACCAGUGGUUUGGGUUUGGUUUGGUUUUGUAUAUGGACUCUCACCUUUUAUGGAUUAAAAAGCACUGAUUCAAAACCA